AUGUCACUCUCUCUCGCUGCUGCUGACCUUGAGAUUAUCAGGAAGAAGAACUUUUUGUUUCACCUCUUCGGUGAAGGCAUCACCCAUUCCAAGGCCCCAUUGAUGCAUAACUAUUUGUUCCAGAAAUUGGGAUGUGAUGGUUAUGUCUACGAGUGCCUUGACUCUUAUGGUUUGGAGGCUUUUGUUGAGCUCAUUAAUGCCAACAAGGACGUGACUUCAUGGAGCGACCUCAAGUACAUUGGAUCUGCCGUCACCAUGCCUUACAAGGUCGCUAUUAUUCCACACUUAGACGAAAUCGAUUUCAACGCCCAGUCUGUCGGUGCUGUCAACACAAUUUACGUCAGAUUCAAGGACGGAAAGGCUAUCAACAUUGGUACCAACACCGAUACGGUCGGCAUAAGAGACGCUUUCCAAUACAACGUGCCCGAAGCUACUGCCAAGGGCCAAGGUAAACCAGGCCUUGUGUACGGCGGAGGCGGUGCUUGUCGUUCUGCUGUGUAUGCCUUGAAGGAGUACUUGGGCUGUUCCAAGAUCUACUUGGUUAACAGAUUCGCUCUGGAGGUUCACAAGAUCCAAGAGGAAAUGGCUGCCAAUGGCUUCAAAGGUGAAAUUAUCCAUAUCGCCACACCGGAACAGGCUCGUGAAGUGGAGUCUCCACAGUUGAUUGUUUUGGCUGUCCCAGAUUUCGCCCCCGUCUCAGACGAGGAAAAGUUGGCCAGAAACACAUUGGAAGUGUUCAUCCAACAAGAAGACAAGGGUGCUGUGCUUGAAAUGUGUUACCACCCCACACAGAUUACUCGUCUUUAUAAUGCUUUCCAUGAAGCUGGCUGGGAUGUUGUUGGAGGCAUCGAGGCAAUGAUCUACCAAGGAUUCGCCCAGCAAGUUUUGUGGACCGGAUACUCCUUAGAAGAGAUGCCCACCAAGGAUGUGGUCGACUAUGUCAGAGAGACAAUCGAGGAACCAUGUCUUAGACAUGACCUUGUCACCAUUAAAUUGUAA